GUUCGACGACGCUCUCACGGAAGCUGGAGUUAUUAAUAAAAAAGCUGCAUUGAUUAACGCUGAGAAACCCCGGCACGAUCUUAAAUCAACAACGCUGCGAAAAAGAAUUGGCACCCCUAGCAUAUAUUUCGCUUUGGCAGUAUACCAACAGUAUGAUAUUUAGUUGGAUUGACUGACCCAGUCUGUAUAUAGACCAAUUCAAUUGAACAUCAUGCUCCUAGUAGUUCCUAUGGCUCGCUGACUGCUAGCGUUAAAUUUACACUCGCGCUAGAAAUAUGGUCAACGGGCUGCUCCUCAUCGCCACCCAAAAAUACGACUCCACAAGCCCUGAGGAGCUCACUCUUGAAGAUGGGGACGUAGUCGAACUACUUGAUACGCACGAUCCUUCAGGAGCUGCUAAAUAUCUUGUAAAAAAAGUGAGCGGUGACAAAAAACAGGGCUGGGUGCCAGGUAAAGUUCUUCAAACGCUAGAUGAUCCUGCUAUAAGUAAAAAUGGGGAUCCAGGUGAUGCCGUCUUCAGGCGUCAGGCUGUGGUGAAAGAACUGAUCGAAACCGAGCAAGAAUUCGUGAGAGAUAUGGACUCAGUUAUUCAGAAAUAUUUCACAUUUCCGGAAGAACCUGGAAAAGUGCCAAAAGUAAUCAAGGAUAAUGCAGAUCUCUUAUACGGAAACUUCAAGGAAAUUGCAGAGUUUCACCGAACGUAAUACCUAAUCGUAGCAAAGCUCUACCAUUUUGAUUUUUUAUUUAGAAUUAUAUUAAUAUUCGUGGAAUAUAGAAGGAAGCUGAAAUUGCAUCACAAUAUACGAAAGACUCAAUUUUCAGUGUCAAAUCUUAAGUGUAGCUAAUACAUUAUUUUAACGAAUUCAGACUAGGUAGAAGGAGCAAGCCUACGCUUUGUUUGUCUUCAAAAACUCAGUCUGUAGUCAGAAUGAAAGUGGAUACUAUUCUCAUUUUAGUGUUUUUUAAAGUUUACAAAUAGUUGUGGGCACAAGACUUAUGAAGGUAGACACAACGUUGUUACUUUGGUAGGCAAUAGUAGUCAAUUGAAUCGAAAGUAUGCACUAAAACUACGCAAUUUUGGCGACAAACGUACAUUAAACAUAUAGGCGUGGCUCGUUCUAAUCUCUUCGAAUUCGUUGAGGGCUAUUAGUAUAUAUGAUAAUUCAAAUUCAAUAUCACCGUGUAAUAUGAUAGUAUUGUAACAAGCUGCUAAAAAGAGUAUGUUCCCAAGCAAUAUUCAGCUUGUUCAUCUUGGGCUUAUAAUUUUACUGUCUGGAAUAGAAAUAAGCUUCAAAGAGGAAUAAUUCAUAAUCGUGGACAAAAAACAUACAACAGAGGCUAGAAAUGGAUCGGGAGAAAUAUAAAGAUGAGGUAGCGCUAUGAGUACGAUAUCGAAAACGGCUAGCUAACCGUUUGUUGGCAAAAUGGGAAUAAACUGCCACAAUUUUGCAAGCUUCAUGUGGAAGGCAUUUGAAUUAAGCAAUUGUUUAUGCGGCCAACUUUUUAACUCUAAGCCAUCUUUGGGCAACGUGUAUCUCCCUUCUCAUCUACUUAUGAGCUUCAUCGUAUAAUAAUUUUUCUAUUCCUCUAUGAAGCAUCUAUAUAUAAAGUACACAUUGACACCUCCGCUUAUUCACAGUUCACACUUUAAAUGAGGCAAACGGUCAAAACGGAUGCUCCUACUUGGUGAAAUUUGUGUUUCUUGCGGUAAAAAAGUGUUAAUGUCAAGUAAAUUACCAAAAAUGUAUGGCGUUUUAAUGUACGAAUAAUAUGAUUUAAUUGAAAAGCAACAUUAUAUUAUUACUCGGUACUCUACUGUGAAUAGCAGCUGACCUAUGUUAUAUGUAAACUUCCUAAAUAAGCUUCUGACUGCGCCCAUGAUUAAAGCGUUAAUUCAUAGUCAGUUUUUAAUUUUCUGUACCUGUUAUAAAAUACAGAUACAUCUAAUAAUAAGCUAACGUUAUCACCUAUUGACCAGCAGGAAAUGUUAAUUUACGUACUUACAUACAUAGCAAAUCCUAUCGUCAUACCGAAUUUACUAAUAUCCAGUUGCAUAUACGAGGCCUUAAUUCUGCACUCUAUACAUGUCUGCAUAUACUGUUUUAUUUAUGUAUUGAUUCCUAACGUACGUUGUUUGUGCUGGUAGAAUAUAAUUGUCUUUGAAUUCAACAUAUUUCCUUGCUUGAAGAAUUUAGAAAAGACACUUUGACCUCAAAGCCAAUGAUAUAUUAUGGCUGUCAGAAAGACAUAGCAAACAGGGCAUGCAAUUUUCUAAUUUUAGCGAAAAAAGUCGCCGUUUUAAAAAAAGCCCUUCUUCUGUGGAAAUAACUAUCUAUAUGACGGUUUCUUGUGAUCUCGAAUGACUUCUCUUAGAUAUAGCGAUACAACUGCAAGACCAGUAGGUAUAUGGAAUUACACGGUUUGUAACUUAUUUCUUAAGAAGCAAGAAUAUAUUGUAGAAAUUGACGACAAAUAUAUUUUGAAAGUAGGAAUGUGAUUUUCAAAUAAAUUUGUCAAUUUUAUCGGAGUUUCUUGACAUACUGCUACACAUUCCAAUUUUUUCGGUCAUAAAGAAAGAUAGCAAAAAUUGACACAAAGGUUACUGAUCUAAGGUGUGUACAUUUUAAUUAAACAUAACGAAUUUGCUACAUAUUUUAUGAAAUCACGCCUUUUGUUGGUUGGUCGGUAUGUGAUAACCUUAGUUCACUAAGAGCUUUUUUAUAAGCAUACGCCAAUUAUAUUAAAAUACUAGUGUAUCUAAGCUACACAGCAUUACUACAAAAAUAAAACGCCUCUCACCACAUAGAUGCAAAAGUUUGUUGACAAUAACUCACCCUGAAACAAAUAAAAAAAAAGUUACCAAGCAAUCUAGUGCAGUUCCAGCAAAAAUGUUAGUGUAGCCGUCUAGUCUCGAGUAUAUCGAUGUGUCUAUCCAAAAUGUGAUUAUCUAAGAUAAUGUGUACCCCUCACUUCAGAUAAUAUAAUCUUGUAUACAUUUUAGCACGAUCUGUGGCAGCGCUAUCUGAUGAAUGCGAUCCUAACUAACUCACCAUAAGCGAUAAAUUUCUUUAUAGGAAAUAGCACUAUUCAACCUUUUAGCAGCACGAUGUAUUAUCCACCACCUCUUAUUGCUUCCAAUUACUUCUGAAUUUUGAACAUUGCAGUUAUUCUACAAUCCCCAAAGCAAGGGAAAUGUUUUGAUCUUAGAAAAAGCGGCAAAAAAAUGUUCUCAAAAUUCGAAAAUAAAAUAUUACUCCCUGGACAAAUAUCCUAGUUUUAAAAUUUAAUUUGCUGUCAGUAAAAUAUAUAGAUUUGUAUUCGGUUUCAUAUUUCUCUGACCAAAUGAAACCCAACUACUUACGUUCCGGCCACCACGGUGACUUUUUCAAACUAGAGAUGAGAAUCUCUCCCUCUUUGCUCACAAUUUUUCCAUGCACGAAAUAAGAAUAUCUUUUUAAUUUCACACAGUCUUGCCUGAUGCUGUUUCACCACCUUUACUCAAGUUUUUUUUUUAUACUCCAACUACCACGAAGGCCUAAGGCCUAAACACCCAUUGGGUACCGUGGGGCUAUAGGGGAUACAGGGGAAAGGGGGAACGCCACACGGACUCUGGCGAGGGAACACGUGUGUAUGCAACAUGCACAAAUUCUGGCUCCGCCUACGAGAUCCGCCGGG